CGUUGGAAGUCUAAAAGUCGUCAGCGAAAGUGUUUGUAAUAUCAAAGAUUAAUUUGAUAUAAAACAGCCAUGUCUCUCUAUGAGGACUUCCUCCUGUGCAACUUUCCGAAAUGUCGGACAAAGCUGAGUGGCUUCGCAUGGGUGACCGCAUGUUCGCACGCAUUCUGCGACCAGCAUGGAUCAGCGGAGUUCAGUCGCUCACCCGCCAUCUGUCCUGCCUGUUCGUCUGCACUCUCUGGGAAACUGGAUAUUGUACGCACUGAGUUGUCGCCCUCUGAGGAGUACAAAGCUAUGGUCCUGGCUGGCCUGCGGCCCGAGACCGUGCUGGACAUUAGUGCUCGUGCCCUUGCAUUCUGGACAUACCAGGUGCACCAGGAGCGGCUGUUCCAGGAGUACAGCUUGUCCCGAGCAGAGGGUCAGCUGAAGCAGGCUGAGAAGUUGCUGACUCAGCAGAACCAGAGCAGGGAGCUGGAGCUAAGUGCCAUGAGGGAAGAGAUCUCCUCGCUGAAGAAGGUGAUGGAAGAAUACAAGAGGAAGUACAGUGAGGUGUCAGAGAGGCUGAUGGAGAGGAACAGACAGUACCAGAAACUGCAGGGCCUCUAUGACUCUCUUCGACUGAGAAAUAUGCUGGGGGAGAGAGAGGGAAGCAGACAGGGGCCUCUUGAAUUUGGCACAGGUCUGGGGGCACAGCAUUCACCCUGGAACAGUCCACAGUUCCUGGGUGUAGGAACUGAAGGGGAGAGGAUUUUCUCUGCGCUGGACCCCGACUUAUCCAAGAACUUCUUCCAGUUUGGCUCCCCAUGUAGAGAUCGCAGCCGUACUUUUGUGAGGAAGCACUGA